UCUUCUCCACUCCGGCGCAGCAGAAACCGCUCCAUUCUGCCCUCCGCGUUUCCCGCAUCGAGAAGCCGCCCCGCCGCGUAGUUACGAUGCCGCGUGGAAGCCGGAGCCGUACCUCCCGCGUGGCCACGCCGGCCAGCCGAGCCCCUCAGAUGAGAGCUGCCCCCAGGCCAGCCCCAGCUGCCCACCCACCAGCUGCAGCCCCACCAACUGGGGUCGGCUCACCCGCUGCUGCCCCCCGACAACCCGGUCUGAUGGCCCAGAUGGCGACCACAGCAGCCGGUGUGGCUGUGGGCUCUGCUGUGGGGCACACGCUGGGCCAUGCUAUCACUGGAGGCUUCAGUGGGGGAAGCGGCGCUGAGCCCACCAGGCCUGACAUCACUUACCAGGAGCCUCAGGGAGCCCAGCCGGUGUACCAGCAGCAGCAGCAGUUUGGUCCUUGCCACUAUGAGAUGAAGCAGUUUUUGGAAUGUGCUCAGAACCAGGGUGACCUCAAGCUCUGUGAGGGUUUCAGUGAGGUGCUGAAGCAGUGCAAAUUUGCAAAUGGAUUGGCCUAAUCACAUUCAGACCGAGGAACAGGAAAAUUCAUCUCAUGACCAAGUUAAUUGAGCAUAAAUCGAUAACUGAUAGUAGCCAUGUAACGUGUACAAAUUAAACCUUUCCUCCAUCAUUAAUCCCUUCCUUGCUUUAAGAAUCACCUUGGAAGAAGGCCUUCUUCUGUAUUGAGAUGAUGUCACAUGUUUGGGGCUGGGUUUGUGUGGCCCCCUUAAGCUAGCUGUUGUGAUAUAAUUAUUUGAAUUAACGAAAAUAAAGUUAUUUUCUUCCAA